UGGUUAUAUUUUGCUGCAGAUUUAUUGUUGUAAUGUGAUUUUCCGGGUCCACGUGACGCAAAAGAGUUAUUUUCCCCACCCUUGUCUGAGUUAACGUCGUCGACGUCAGCAGAAUAGGUCAUGAACUAGUAAGGGAUAGCGUCGAUAGUCCUACUUGUCGGACUUCACUCAAUUGGAUGGAAUGCUUGGAAAAAAUUUGGUCGACGCUUGGUGUCGGUGAGAACGGAUAUUUGAACAAACCUGAACUGCUGCGAUUAUGUCAACACGUUGGAGUACUUGCCUCCGAAGAGGAUAUUUCGGAGCUUUUCGAUGGACUGAACGUGAACGCAGAUGGCCGCGUGAGUUUUCAAGAGCUCGUGCAACUUUUCCACGAAUCGAAAGAUGAACCGCGAAAUGACGAAGCUCUUCCUUCUUCUCCUCCCGAAACUUCGUUUAUGAAUCGGACUCGCCUAAUGAACGACAGUGGUUUUUCUCUGUCGAGUGAUGGGUCACUUGGCUCAGUUUCUUGCCGAAAAUUGGAUGCUAUUUUUAGCGAACUUGAUCCUUUCUCGACUGGACUUGUUACUUGGGAUGCUUUGAGUCGCUGGUGGGAAGACAAGGGCAUUGAAGACGCUGAUAGUUUACUUCGCACUCUUGGAUUCUCUCCGUCUGAUGCUCGUCCUGUGAACAAUCUACAUCAAAAUGGUGCUGUUGGAAGAGCUCCUCAUUUGAAAUCACUUGCGACAUGGAAGGGCCGAAGCAUGAGCAUCGGUUCCCAAAACGAAAUGAUCAGCCUUUCAACCGUGUCAAUAGUCCUCGAAGAAUUCUCCAAUUCGUUCCCGUCCAAGAAAGUGCCCGACGACAUUCUCCCGUUGGUUGCCGUUCUGAUAGCGCAGAAGGAUUAUUCUCGCGUUCUCAAAGCCGACCUGGAAGCAGCUACUCGACAAAUCGAAAAGGUUCGUCUGGAUUUAUCAGCCGCGGACGCACGUGCGGCUGCUCUUGCGCAAGAAAUCGACGAUCAAAACGCGAGGAUGGAGAAAAUGGAGAAAGAACGAAUGAUGGAACUGGAAGAAGAAUACGGCGAAAAACUUCGGCAUCUGAGAAAAGAAUUGGACGAAUCGCGGUACGAGGCAGCAAAAGAAACCACGGCUAGUGAAGAACUUUCCUCUUUGUUGGAACAAACGAAGAUGGAAAAAUUGAAACUUGAUGAAAAGAUACUCGCUCUGAAAGAGGAAUUGAUUAUGUGGAAGGACGCUGGAGAUGACCUAAGAACAGCGCUGAAUGAGAAGACAGAGGAAACGUCUCAACUUCUCAACCAGUUCAAGCUGUUCGAACAAGCCCAGCAAGAAGAGAAACGACGUACCGAAGAAGAUCGCGAAGCCGCAUCGAAAGUGUCUCAAGAACUAUCUUCGUUGAAAGACGAAGUGGCUCGGUUGCGGGAAGCAAACCGUCGAUUGCAAGACGAGAACGACGUGCUUUCCCAACAACCUCGGAAUGGCAGUGUCGACAGUCGACAGAGAUGGCCGGAUAUCAUGUCGGGGAUCGUGGAGUUGCCGGCGAGUUGCUCUUCGACGUCGAGUCCUGCUUCGCCGGCUGCUUCGCCAGCCAAGAAGAGAGUCGUGAGGGCCAAGUCUUUUAAUGGAUCCUCGAGAGUCAAGAGAAGGCCCACCGUGUGUCGAGCUCCGAGCUUGUCCCAAGAACUGUGUAUGGAUUCUAUGGAAGCGACGCCGACUCCACCAGCAAGCGAGGCAGACGAAGAAAUGGACUCGAGCACUUCUCAAGUCACCGUAGACGGACUGAGUGUAUCCACCGGAGAGAAGAAAAUCACCGGGAUCCUCUCGCGACUAGAACAUGUGAUGCACGAGCUGCAGUCGUGCAGCUCGGAAGACCCACGGGUUGCAGACCACGAGAACUGCGUUUCACCUCGAAACCCUUGCCCUGCUCGUGAUGCUUCAGAGAUGACAGACGUGACCUCUAAGGAACUGGAUGCGCAACUCAGCCGGAUCACUGAGGCGGAACAGCGCGUCGCUGGCCUGAACGAAGUCAACGGGGACUUGUCGUCGAAGCUGGAGUUUUUGCGAGUGGAGUACGAGGACUCGGAGGAGUACUGGCAGCAGAAGAUGGAGGAGGAGCGGCAGUACUACGAAGACCAUAUCAACAAGUUGUCGGAGAAGCUCAACUCGCUCUUGCUCGAGUUUCACACCAAGCUUGCCGAGUACGAAGAGGCAGCAGCUGGACAGAAGACGGUGUCGGAAGAGAAGACCAAGCGCUGCGAAGAAUCUUUGCAGCAGAGUUCAUUGCCGACGAUCGUGGAGACGGAUUACGAAAUUCAAGUGAUGGAAGCCGAGGCGGAAGCGAAGCACUGGAAAGCCCUUUGCACCGAGAGAGAAAGCGAGAAGAACAAGAUCGUGCGGCAGGUGUCUGCGGUGAUGCGUAGUCUGAGCAAUGAAUGGGUGACCCUCUUGGCCCGCACCUACGCGGACGUGGAACGACGCGUGGAAGCCCUGACCCGCCAGGUGUCGCCGCUGUGCGAGUCGGCGUCCCGCGUUCAGACAGCCGCCAUCUCGUGGAAAAUGCGCGCUUGGGAAGCUGAGGGACUCGUGCACGACCUGGAGACGGACCGUGUCGUGGCUGAGGAUGAGAAACGAGCCAUGGCGGACGAAUUGCGUGAGCGGCCUGCAGCAGACGAGGUGCAGCGCCUUGCGGUGAAGCUGUGGCGCGAGGAGAACAAGGCGCGACACCUGGAGGCGUCGUUGCGACAGCAACAGGACCACGCUGGCAAGAUCAUUCACGGCAAGCGAUUAACGUGGCGCGACCAUCUCGUCGCGAUGUUUCGCCUCUUCGUGGCUCUGUCUAGAUUCUGCUGCACCCGCAUCCUCGGUUGUGUCUUCCCUUGCUUCCGUUUCAAGUCUUGA